AUGGGUCGAGCUGACUUCAAGAUGGCUUCCUUCUUCAUCCUGCUUGUGCGGUUGAGCUGCGUCCAUGCACCAAGUCCUUCCUUGCUCCUCACGUCCCAAUGCUCCAAAGUGCUCCAAAAGACCUAUUCAAGGAUCAAACAUGCACAUGUCUUUUGGAGCAUUCUGGAGCAUAUGGGACAUGAGGAGCAUGGAGGGACUUGGCACAUGGAAGCAGCUCAACUGGAUACGCAAAGGAAGAAGGGAGAAGCCAUCUUGAAGACCAGCUCGACCGUCUACUCGACCAACCGGUCGAGUUCCUCAACUCGACCGGCCAAGCUUCAACUCGAUCGAGCUGAGAAGUCAAAGUCAAACCCGAAAAAUGUUGCUUCCCCCUUGACUUUCCUUUGA